AGGUCACUAAACUUCGACCGAAAACUUUAAAACAGGAGAACAGACGAAUUUGAACAUGUGUUGCCUUUAAUGAACGCGCAUUUGUCCAUUAAAAAUAUCACAAACACUUUAAAAUGCAAUACCAGUGCUAUAAAGACAUCAAAUCUUUGCAGGAGCAUUCAUAUUGUAUGUUUCGAUGAACGUUAUUUAUAUUGACCUUUUUGAAACAACAGUCGGCGUUUAAAAGGACUGGAGCUGCAUACAUGAUAACGUGUGCGGUGUUUGUAUUUUCUGGUAGUUAUUACUGCAUUUUGAACUAAUAUAUCGUUCUGUUAUUUGAUAGGAAUUGAUAAUUUGAUGUACUAAUCGUUGUGUAAGUAUUUAUAUAGGGAAUGCAGUUGAAGAUGCGACCAAUAUUACGGGUUUUAGGGGCCCAUGCAUGGAAGUUUCAUAGAAAUAAUGUCACUGGGAGCGCUUACAUACACAAUCACAGGUUUGUUAAAGGAAUAAGUUUAGCUAGUGGAAUAAAAUAUCCUCGCUAUGUGAUUGGAAAUACACGAGAUGUUUCUACCGGAAUGGAAAAGACCGGCCCGGGAACCAUCUUUCGCAGUCCAGUUCCUGAUGUGGAACUUCCGGUGCAGUCCAUUUCGGACUUCUUGUUUUCUCGGUUUAAUACCUUUGGAAACACCAUCGCUCUGGUCGACCAUGGGACCGGAAGGUCCUUCCAAUUUUCCCAACUGGAAGAUUUGUCCAGACGGGUGGGCAGCUUCCUCGCGCGCAAAGGUCUGCGCAAGGGAGAUGUCGUCUGCUACUAUGGAACCAACAAUCCGGAGUUCGCGCUCCUGUUACUAGGAUGCUCGUCAAUCGGCGUUACCUUGACAACGGCUAGUCCGCUGUAUACACCCGACGAGCUGAAAAGUCAAAUGGAAAUAGCGGGUUGCAAGACCAUAUUUACGAUACCACCAUUAGCCCGAAAAUGUCAAGAGGCGGGAUUCAACGACCUUGUUCUGGUUGGUGGAUCGGAAGGAGGUCGACCGUUCUCCGACGCCUUAUCCGACGACGGCCGAGCGUUCCCGAGUCACGUCCGAGUCGACCCGAAGGAAGACGUUGCCAUUUUGCCGUUCAGCAGCGGAACGACCGGUCUGCCAAAAGGAGUGAUGCUUACACACCACAACAUCGUGUCUAACCUAUUGCAGUUUAGCGUAAAUUUGAAGACCUACGCCAAUGACGUCAACAUCGCGGUGCUGCCCUUUUUCCACAUAUACGGACUGGCUUCGAUCUUGCUAUGCAGUCUAAUGGAGGGCGCAAAACUCGUGAUAUUGCCGGGAUUCGAUCCACAAAUCUAUCUGACUGCUCUAGUCCAACACAAAGUGACCCAGAUUCACAUCGUGCCACCGAUCAUCCUGUUUAUGGCCAGACAUCCCCUGGUGGACAAGGUCGACCUGUCGCUCAUCCGUACCGUCGUGAGCGCCGCCGCGCCGCUAGGGGACGCUCUAACCAUCGAGUUCAUGGAAAAACGGAAGUUGCCUAUCAAGCAAGGCUAUGGCCUCACGGAGACGUCGCCGGUGAUCGCAGUCGACGUCGACCCAAUAACGGUCGGAUCCGUAGGUCCGCUAAUACCUAACACCGAGGCAAAGAUAAUAGAUCCGGACACGGGUGAAAGUCUCGGUCACAACGAGGUUGGUGAGGUGUGUAUCCGGGGUCCGCAGAACAUGAAGGGUUACCAUGGCAACCCACAGGCUACCAAUGAGAUGGUUGACACGGAGGGAUGGCUUCAUACGGGUGACAUGGGCUAUUUCAAAGAGACCGAUCGCCUCGUAAUCUCCGACAGAAUGAAAGAGUUGAUCAAAUACAAGGGUUUACAGGUUGCCCCUGCGGAACUUGAGGACCUGCUCCACAAACAUCCGGCUGUCCAGGACGUGGCCGUGGUUGCCGCCGCCGACGAAAGAGCCGGCGAGGUCCCGCAAGCGUUUGUCGUCAUCCGACCAAACAUGGCGGCGAAGGAAGAGGAUAUAAGGAAGUUUGUUGAUGAUCAAGUGGCUGACCACAAGCAACUGAGGGGCGGUGUAAAAUUCUUGAAAGAAAUUCCGAAGUCAGCGAGUGGCAAAAUCUUGCGGCGAGUGCUGAAAGACAUGAAAUAAAACAUGCUGUUAGCCUACAAACGAUUUACUUGAUCAAAUACAUGAGCUCAAAUUUGCAAUGAAGUCGUUCACGCAUGCUUUGAUUUUACGAGAACGGGAACAUUUGUACAAAUGUACACAUAUAUACGCAAGAAAAUUGUUUGAGUGCUCCCCAUCAGACCUUCAGCAAUUUGCUGCGACUUAUUGCGUUAUUGAUUUCAUAUGUUAUACAAACGCGAUAUGCAGGGUUUUAACUAAGUUAAAGUACCAAAAUACAACGAAAAACACAUAAUUGCGAUUUCUUCCUAAUACAUACGACGAACCGCGCGUGUUUGUGAGUAAUUCUGGUCUAAGCAAGGUUAGGCUGGCCAAUUUACCGGUUUGAAUCCACAAAGUUUUUAAUAUGCCUGUUCAUGCUAUAACCUGAGGCUUAAUCAAUAUUGAGUAGUGAUGUUGUUUUUUUUAUCGCGACGUUGAAUAUUAAAUUACGUUCACACGUAUUGCCUUUCUGAUACCGUUUCGGAUACGUCUAAUAAUACCAUUUUUAAUGUAUUGUAUUAGGUCAACACAUUAAUAGUUUAAUACUUAUGAUAAUCAAAUUUAGUUAUAUCCUUCAAUACAUUUUUAUGGAAAAUGAACCUUACAAAUGCAAAAAAACACACAACAAAAACAACUAACAGUAGGUUUAAAAAAACUUGAAUAUAUACGGAAUAUUACUCUAGUCAAUUGUUCCAUGUGUCUGUAUAGUUGAGUAACUUGUGUGAGGUCGUAUCUCACGACAGGCGGAGCCUCAAGUGUGAUACGAAAUAGCGCAAGCCACGAGACUGAUACAAACACUUGUAACAAUUGACUUGCGUUAUAUUCCUUUUAUUAUAUACAACUUGUAAUCAUUUAAGUUAAAAAAAAUGAGUUUAAGCGUUCAUAAUUAACUAAGAAUGCUCUUAUUAUUUUCUGCAUUCAAAGUGACGUCAUUUAAAGUAGUCCGGCUAGUAUGGUAAUACGGAAUUGGAAAACUAGCGACUAGCAUAAUACGGGAAUUAUUUCUGUGCUUUUGUAUUUUACCGAUUGAUACAACUUGUAUUUUUGGGGGAACAUAAAGCAGGUAUAUAAUAAAUAAAAUUACCUACACAGACAAACUGUAAGUUUAUAAUUGAAUAUUAUAUUGUAUUUUAUAUUAAAAUAAAUUAUUGAAGUU